CCACCGCGCACGGCCUCUUUAUAACGGUCCUGAGUCAAGCAGCAACAGUCAACAGAAGUGCAAGACAGCGCUUGAAGCUGUAGUAAAGCCUUGAUAUCUGGAAAAAAAAAGACUCUGUGAGACCUUUAAGAUAUGGAAAUGUAUCAAGCUGGAUUUUACACAGAAGACUUCAGAACUCAGGAGGUUCCUGGUGGAUUUGACUUCAGCUCAUAUGACUGCAGUGGUGAAGACCUGUCCUUUUUAUUAGACAGCAAAGGACCUACCCAACAGCAGUAUCCAGAAACAUAUUCAGAGCCCCAGAAGGAGCAUUUGCACAGUUCUAAAGGUCAUACUCUUCCAGUCAGCUCUACUGACUCUGGACUCUUUAAUCUGGACUCCUUCCCUGAGUUUAGCUGUUGGGCAUCCUAUACUAAUAUUCCAGAAGGAAUGGUAGCAGACAGGCAGCAGAUUGCCUUUCAGGAAUCAAAUCAAACCUACCAGAACCUCGUCCCCCUGUGUACUCCAGCACAAAGCAGUCCAUUCAGCCCAGGGAUGGACACCAGCAGCCAUUACCAACCUGGGAAAGGUCAAAAUCACAGAGCAGCAUCCGGUACUGUCAGUCUUGGUGAUACUGAGAGAACCUAUGCCUUGUAUGAGGCAGAGCAGCAAAGCAGGCCUUCAUAUUGGUCCGACUAUCCCUCACCCAGUUACUGCUCUUCCAUGCUUGGACAGCCAGCAUCCUCUUCAUCACCUCCAGUUACUAAAUCCGCUGAGCAGUGCUGUCCCCGUGUGGCCAAAAGGCGUAACGCACCAUCUCAAAGAUCAGACAGAGAGGGGGAAAUGACACCCAUGUCUGCCUAUCCAGGAUCCGGACCCAUCCAGCUUUGGCAGUUUCUGCUAGAACUUCUGCUGGAUUCUGCUUGCCACACUUUCAUUAGCUGGACUGGGGAUGGCUGGGAGUUUAAAAUGUCAGAUCCUGCAGAGGUGGCGAAGCGGUGGGGGCAGUGUAAAAACAAGCCUAAAAUGAACUACGAGAAGCUAAGUCGUGGUCUGCGCUACUACUACCACAAAAACAUCAUUCACAAAACGGCAGGAAAGCGUUACGUCUACCGCUUUGUUUGUGACGUGCAAGGAAUGCUUGGAAAAACGGCACAUGAGGUCUUUGCCAGUCUUAACAUCUCACCAUCAAAUGGUGCAUCUCCACAGUCUGUAAACACAACCAGAUCGGAGGAAACCACAGAGUCCUGGGCACAUUAGAGGAAAGCAUUUACAAAUGCCUGUAAUGAUCGGUUAAACAUCAGAAGUCAUGCCCUGGAAAUAGAAAGGACUGCGGUUCCAUUCAAAGAUAUGUACUUUAAACUGAUUUGGACUUUUGACCGAGUGACAUUUUCAACAACACAUCUGGAAUCAGCCAUCAUAUGCAGUUAGGUGCCUUUAGAAAACAUUGUUAGCUACCUCUUUUGACACUGGAACACAAAUCUUGUAAAUGUAUUUUUUUUUCUUAAGUAAACUG